AUGGCUCUAAGACCUCAAUUCUUCCUGGUCAGACCAGGUGCUGAGCAAAUCACAACCACGGGCCAAAUCCGCAUUCAGCCCGCAACCGCAGUGCCUCUUAUUCCCAUUGACCUUUUACCCGGGUGGGUAGAGGUUGUUGGCGUCCCGCGGAGCUUAUCACCAGAAGAGACCAAGGACAUGGGCAACUUGGGAGUCGUUCACUCGGAAUCGGAUACCUUUAAGCUCCGAUUCGCUGCCAUCACUGAAGAUGAACCCUGCGACAGUGAUGACUCGGAAGAGUCGAAUGUGAUGCAGCCCAGUGCUACAUCUUCAGGCGAAACCUUGGUGGAGCCCAAGCCAAUUACAUAUUCGUCGUCGAGAUUAUCUCCCAUUCUAGUGCCCAAGAGCAAGCUUAAACCAGCACAGGGACUCUCAUCCAGUCGUCACAACCCGGACAAGCAGCGACAGUCAGCUGAGGUCGAGCAAAAGUCUGCUCUUCACAAAGAGACCGGGGAACUUCCGACAAACACCACAUCUCCAACGCCGAUUUCAUCCCCAUCAGCCUCGCCAUGUCGGCAUUGGUGCCACUACGGAGUCUGUAGAUGGGAUAUAGACUGCCACUACGAGCAUACCAUGCCCACCACGACAACCGGCCUUGAAGAGGUUGGCCUAUCGAGAUUUCCUGAUUGGUGGCUUCAGGCAAGAGGCCUCAUGCCGAUGUCUCUAGAGUUGCUUCGCCUGUCGGAUGUAUCGAGUGGCCGGAGAUCAACGACAGCGAGGAAGAUGAUGGCGCAGCUGAGAAAGAAGCAGAAGGCUAAGACUUGUAUAAAGCGUGAAGACGUGCAGCUGAGAAACUACAAUGAGGCUUCAGAAGCAGAGGAUGAGUAUGAAGAAGAAGAAAAUAUGGAAAAUGAGCCGAAGGCAAAGGGAAAAAGUGAGGGCGUUUUAAUAGAAUUUGAUUAA